UGCCCUCAUUGUUCGGCAACAUAUCCAUUUUUAAGCAUGCUAAAGGUACACAUCCGCACUCACACCGGCGAAAUGCCUUACAAGUGUAAAAUCUGUGACAAAGCAUUCAGAUCACACCACAGUAUGGUACUUCAUUCAAAAAUUCACAACGAGGAUCAAAAGCAUCAGUGCCCCUAUUGUUCAUCAAAGUUCGUACAGUCUAACAAAUUGAGAAUCCACAUCCGCACUCACACCGGCGAAAGGCCAUACAAGUGUAAAGUCUGUGACAAAGCGUUCAAAUCACACCACAGUAUGGUACUUCAUUCGAAAAUUCACAAUAAGGACCAACAGUAUCAGUGCCCUUAUUGUUCAUCAACGUUCGCACAGUCAUCUAACCUAAAGAUUCAUAUCCGCACUCACACUGGGGAAAAGCCAUACAAGUGUAAAGUAUGUGACAAUGCAUUCAGGACUUCAAGCAAUCUGGCAGAUCAUUCGAAAAUACACAAUAAGGACCAACAGCAUCAGUGCCCCUAUUGUUCAUCAAAGUUCGCGCAGUCUAACAAAUUGAGAAUCCACAUCCGCACUCACACUGGCGAAAAGCCAUACCUGUGUAAAGUCUGUGACAAAGCCUUCCAUUCAUCAAGCCGUCUUGCAGACCAUUCGAAAAUUCACAAUAAGGACCAACAGUAUCAGUGCCCUUAUUGUUCAUCAACGUUCGCAAAGUCGUCUAAGCUAAAGGAUCACAUUCGCACUCACACUGACGAGAGGCCAUACCAGUGUAAAGUCUGUGACAAAGCGUUCAGGUCAUCAGGCACUCUAGCCCGUCACUCCAAAAAAAUUCACAAGAAGGAUGGAUGUAAAGUCUGUGACAAAGCGUUCAUGCAAUCAAGCAAUCUAGUACGUCAUUCUAAAAUUCACAAUAAGGACCUUCAGCAUCAGUGUCCUCUAUGCUCCUUAAAAUUCGCACAGUCGUUUAAUCUAAAGAGACAUAUCCGCACUCAUACCGGCGAAAAGCCAUACAAGUGUAAAGUCUGUGACAAAGCGUUCAUGCAAUCAAGCAAUCUAGUUCUUCAAUCUAAAAUUCACAAUAAGGAACGACGGCAUCAGUGUCCUCAUUGUUCAUUGAAGUUCGCACGGUCAUUUAACCUAAAGAGACAUAUCCGCACUCAUACCGGCGAAAGGCCAUACCAGUGUAAAAUCUGUAACAAAGCAUUCAGCGCUUUAGGCAGUCUGACAGAUCAUUCGAAAAUUCACAAUAAGGACCAACAGCAUCAGUGUCCUUAUUGUUCAUCAAAAUUCACGCAAUCAUCUACGCUAAAGAAACAUAUACGCACUCAUACCGGCCAAAGGCCAUACAAGUGUAAAGUCUGUGAUAAAGCGUUCAGGCAAUCAAGCAAUCUAGUUCGUCACUCUAAAAUUCACAAUAAGGACCAACAUCAUUAGUUUUCACUGUCCUUUCAUUUUUGCGUUUCUUAAAGAUAGAAUUAUGUAUGUUUGCUGAACCAACUUAGUAACAUGGUACGUUACAAAAAGUUGUAACGGUUGACAGAUUAGCUACGCGAAUUAAGGUGCGGUGUUAUAAACAGAUGCGUCUGUUUAUAAAGUCUGGCAACAGGAACAUCGUCGCGGUAGAUCCCGAUGAACAGCGAAGAGUGAACCGGAAAAUCGCCGCAGGAGCGCCGGGCGAUGUUUUCACGAGCGCCA